AUUCGUUAUUUGGGGAAUAUUUUCUCUAAACUCUGAAUUUACUCUCUGAUUUAAAAAAAAAUGUUUGGCCUGUAAUUUAAACAACAUAAUUCUGACUUUGUGGGGCGUAAUUCAAGUUCCAGAAUACUUUUGGGAAGGCACCGUCGCUUGUCUUGGUCCUUUUUGCCCAGUUUUUCUUUCCAUGCCAUGUUAGCGGGGGUUAUAUUUAACCACCGUUCAAGGUAGAGUUUUGCUGUGUCAGAUCUGAGGGUGUUUCUGUUAAAGGGCUAAAAACGGUGCAUGGUGAUGACACCUUGCUGCUUUGAAAGCUGAAUAAAACUUGUUGAGGCUUGACUACUUUUCAGCAGCCAUGUUCCUUUUCCACAGAUAAAAUCCUUCUCUUUUUACUCUCUCAUAUUUCAAGAUUAAUCCAAUCCCCCCCCCCUUUUCUAUCUUUAAACGCAUUUCUUCUCUUUGUCUCUACUAUUUUAUGUUCACAUCGUGUUCAUCCUACUUUCAUUUUCUUUGUCUUCUUUAUCCAGGCUUUGGCAUCAAAGACAGACGGUGUUUGGCCUUGUGAUGAUUCUUAUCCUUCUGUCUAUUGCUUACCGUAUUGAGGGACCACAUCAGAAGGUGACUGCCCUCCUCAUGUUUUGCUGUUAUAGAAAUGCCAUAGGGACUGUCAAUGACAUAACCACUUUAGUCCAACCUAAGAGGAGAAGCUCGAUCGAUCAAGAUGAAGUUAUUAAGAGUGGUGCAAAUACCUUUUCUCUGCGCUCUACUUUCUAAAUAGUACGUGCGUUACACGGAGAAGAAGACACUGUGGUGCGCCUAUUGGGUUGGCCUGGGGAUCCUCUCCUCUGUCGGGCUUGGCACUGGCCUGCACACCUUCCUGCUGUACCUGGUAAGACAACAUUUCUUCAGCGCCAGUUGCCUGACUCCUCCACGCUGCAGCUCUUCACUUCCCCACGCUGGUUUAUGACGGCUCCACAAACAGUGCGGAUGAUGGUGGCGCAGCCUGUGACGCAGGGGCCCCACAUUGCAUCAGUGACUCUGGCAGCCUAUGAAUGUGGUUCGGUGGAUUUCCCUGAGCCUCCCUAUCCGGACCAAAUUGUCUGUCCCCAGCAGGAAACACCAACAUCCGGUUCUGAUGCUGAGCUGGUGGGAGCGGGGGUAGUGGGGGCAGACGAAAUGGUGGGGCCAGUGGCCCUCCAGGGAGGCAUCUCCCUCUGGACCAUCAUCUCAAAAGUUCGCCUGGAAGCUUGUAUGUGGGGCACUGGUACAGCUAUAGGGGAGCUCCCUCCUUACUUCAUGGCACGGGCAGCCCGACUGUCCGGUGCUGAGCCAGACGAUGAAGAUUACCAGAGGUUUGAGGAAAUGCUGGACCAGACCGACCCAGCCCAGGAUUUUGCAUCCCGAGCGAAAGCCGCUGUCCAGAAGCUCAUCCAGAAGGUCGGGUUCUUUGGCAUUUUAGCCUGCGCCUCUAUCCCGAAUCCAUUGUUUGACCUGGCCGGGUUAACAUGUGGACAUUUCUUGGUGCCCUUCUGGACUUUUUUUGGGGCGACACUGAUCGGGAAGGCCGUGAUCAAAAUGCACAUUCAGAAACUGUUUGUGAUCAUCACCUUCAGCAAGCACAUUGUGGAGCAGAUGGUCUCCCUCAUUGGCGCUGUUCCUCUGCUGGGUGCGGCACUGCAGAAGCCCUUCAGGGAGUACUUGGAGGCCCAGAAGGCCAAGCUGCACCAUGUCACCGGAGACGGGACCCCAGCUGAGGAGAACUGGCUCUCGUGGCUCUUCGAGAAGGUUGUGGUCAUCAUGGUAUGCUUCUUUGUCUGCUCCAUUGUCAACUCCAUGGCGCAGAGCUACGCCAAGCGGCAGGAGAAGUCCUCGGACAGCAAGACGGAGUGAGGUCCAGCAGGAAGCAGACUGUGCUGGACCAACGACCUCCCAUCCCUCCUUCCUUCAUAUCUACUCUCCCUUUUGGCUGAUACCCCAUCAUUAUCCCAGGCAAAAAUAAUAAUAAUAAUUAUCUGCCCCAUCUGGUUUCUGUCUUGCUUCUGUAACAACAUGUUUAUCUAGAACUUGGACUUCCAUUUGCUUGUUUAUGAAGGCCUCUGCAAUUUGGUAGCAAUUUGGUUUUUUUAUUCCAUCAAAGGUAGGUGCUUGCUGGGACGUCUGUGACUAUGUAGGCAUCCAUGCUUUUAACUAGUCCUGGGUCUCCUUAAGUUUGUUCCAAUGGUAGGACCUUUUUAAUUAUUAACCGUAUUUGCUAUUUAGUCGUCAGGGUAGUCUUACAGCUUUUGUAAGUUGUUCAGUAUUGGCUGCUUAGACGAGGAACACAGUGAAUCUGGUAUUAUUAUUUUUUAGAACUGCAUCAUUUCCACUUCUUGUCUUGCAGCUGUAGGGGCAGUGAAUAUUUUAGGCUUACAUAUGUUACAAUAGUUGCUGUUUUUUUUUUGUUUUUUUUGUGUGGGCCGCAGUACUUUUAGAUAAGUAAUGAUAAAUCAGUCGUGAAUCUCCCCCGCUGGUCCCUUUGUCUGCCCUCAUUGUUCUGCUUCCAGGAAGAGAGCGCAUGAGUCAGCCCGGGGCCACUAUACCAGAUGCAGCCGUAUAUUUUCAAUCACAUCUAGAACUGUAUGCUCUCGUCGGUGCGUCACACGCACAUAGUGGGCUGCGUUAGCGUGGCUGCCUCAUCUUCCGUGGACUGAAGCAGAUCGGGCAGUCCAGGCUGCUACUACGUGGUGUGCUAGAUCCGAGCCGUUCUCGGGAGAAAUCUUCUUCUUUGUCUCCACUUGUCCUUUGGAGUUUUUUUGUACCGAAAGGAGGACACCGAGCUAUUCUUUCCUUGAUGGAUAACGUCGGCCGGCUCGCCAAUUACCCGAUACCUUUUUUUUUUCUUGUUUCUUUUUUUUCCCCUUCUUUUUAUUUUCUCUGUAAUCGCCGACGAAAUGUGCGAUUUCUUCCUUUCUCUCCUCGCUCUCUGUGCUGCGCUGGACUGAGAGCAGCGGGGACGCUAGAGCAGGCGCAAGCAGCGGGGAGGAGGGAGGAGGGAGAGGGAGGGAGAGGGAGGGAGAGGGAGAAAAAAAAACCCUUCCAGCUCACAGUGAAAAGCGUCUGUGCCGUUACCUCAGCUGAACCCUCAAAUGAACUCGUUGCACUCCCCCAGUCACGGAGCCAGGAGACGAAUCACUCGAGUAGAUUCAAAACAGAGGGGUACUGUUGGGCGAGCUGAACCCUGUGCUCUGCAUCGGCUCUAGUCUAGAACAUUCACAUGUCCUUUUUUCUUUCCUCCCCAUCACGGUAAGUCGGAUUAGGCUUCUCUCUCUUGUUCUCUCUCUCUCUCUCUUUUUUCAAUUCAUUGUUUUGUGUGUGUGUCCAUGCAUAUGUCUUCAGGCAUGUCCGUCACUCUCUCGACCUGUCAGAUAGCUUAUCAGACUGGUGUUGGCUGUUAAGAUUGCAAGGCGACAACAGUCUGUAGGCUGUCUGACAUUUCGGGCUCUUUCAUCUGACCAGCAUCCUGUCGUUGUCGUCCUCCUCCUCCUCCUCUUCCUCCUCGUUGGUACAUCAUUUAGCAUCAGUUCCCAUUCAGAGGUGUGUGCGCUGCGAUGUCACUUCCCCUUAUCCCGACCGCUUGCGAAACGGCGGCGAUGUGGCUCUAUUGUUUAUUUCCUCUACGCUGACGUCUGUGAGGGUUUUAUGUGGCUUCAUGUGAGGAACUGUUUGAAAAUGCAGAUGCUUGUGUGUGUGUGUGUGUGAGCUGACUCUUGUUUUUUUUUUUUUUUUUUUUUUUUUUAAUUUCCAGAGAAUCCAGACAGUACACACCUCAUUGCAAAACAUCACAUUGUGACACUCAGCCUUAGGUAUAGUACACGCAGUGCUCAGCCAGCCUCCUCCUUCCCCUUUUUACACUUCCCUCUUCUGUUGCAAUGAAAACUUUCUUCUGUUUCUCAAUGCUCUUUUUUGUACGAGGUAGCACUUUAUCGGAGCAGCCCUGUUGAGAUUUUUCUCUUUUCUUUUUUUUAAGUAAAUAUACAAGGCUGAAAUUAGUCUGACCCCCCCCCCCCCCCCCCCCCCCCCCCCCACACACACACACACACACUUUGAGCAAACAAGUUGAACUUUCUUUAGGUCGUAAAAGUAAAAAUCACUGAAUUAAGUUGGAAUGCCUUGCUGUCAUAGGGAAUGUUUUUCUUGGCCCGUUUCAGGAUGUCCUGUUCCAAGAGGGAGCCCCUUUUUGGCACGACUACCUGAAUGUGUUUGUAUAGAAAACCCAGUUUGUAUGUUCCCGGGUGAGUUCCUGUUUGGGAUGAAUGUUUGUAAUUUGCUUUUAAAGGUGUGUGCAUUAUCCUACCCUGUAAUCUUAUCUUUAAUAAAGCUGAAUUGAAAAAAAAAAAAAAA